UUAGACAAAAGCAGCAGCAGCGGCGGUCAAGAUGCGGCUCCUCGUGUACUUUCUGCUGGUGUGCAGUGUUCUGUGCGCAGACGGCACCGAAGCUCACGACAUCCCGUUGAAGAGCAGCAUCGGGACAGAGCCGGAGGACGGCUACGGCACGCCCAGCAUCCUGCGGAGGAUGGAGGAGCGUCUGAUCCAGAUGGCGGCGAGGCUGGAGACGCUGACACACACGGUGGACACGCAGCUGGCGCAGCUGGACAACAGCGUGCUGCAGCUGUACAGGGAGGUGGGCAGCAGUCGGCUGACAGAGACCCUGGCCGAGCUCAGGCAAGCCGCGCUUGCAGUGAAGGCGCCCGCCGCUACCGCCGCCACCAGCCCGCCCGACCUCGCGGACACCAUCAGCCAGGAGAUCCGCCAGUCGGAGCAGCAGCUGCAGGCGCAGCUCAACGACACGCAGAAGCGUCUGGUCACUCUGCUGGAGGAGGCGCGUCCCGUCGCCGCAGCGGCAGGCAGCGGCGCAACCACCGUCAUCGUGGAGCGGUGCAGCUUCCGGGACCAGUUCCAGACGGUCGACGAGUGGCGUCCGGCCGACUGCGCCGCCGUCCAGCAGCGACACCAGCGCAGCGGGGUCUACACCAUCUUCCCACCCGUGUGCGGCAACGGCGGCGGCAUCCGCGUCUUCUGCGACAUGGAAACGGACGGCGGCGGCUGGACGGUGCUCAUGAGGCGCGCGGACGUGGCCGACCACCAGGACUUCAACAUGGGCUGGCAAAGCUACAAGUGGGGAUUCGGCAACCUCAGCAGCGAGUUCUGGCUGGGCAACGAGUACAUGAACCUGCUAACCAGUAUGGACCAGAUGCAGUUGCGUGUGGAUCUGAAGGCUUGGGACAACGCCUCCACCUUCUCCACUUAUACUCCCUUCUCCAUCGGCACUGAACAGCAGAAAUACGCCCUGAAGAUUGGUAAACAUGUGGGUAACGCCGGCAAUUCUCUAAGCAAAGCGAAAUUCUCGACAAAGGACCAAGACAACGAUAGCUGGGGCAAGCAUUGCGCUGUUCAGUUCCAGAGCGCGGGCUGGCAUACAGCAUGCCUGUCCUCUACCCUGCUAGGACCUUACAAUAAAGGCUCCAUCAAAACUCCCUGGAUCGGAAUCACGUGGAACACGUGGAAGGGCAACAAGUACUCACUGAAACAAGCCGAGAUGAAGAUGCGACCCGUUAAUUACAUGACGUGGUGCCAUAAACUGGUCAAAGAAGGUGCCAUUGAAUGAACGUGGUGUCAUGCCAGGCGUUUGAUCAGAAGACGAACAGACUCGUGGCGUUGUUCUUAUGUGCUUGCGCUUUGCUAAUUCCUCAGGCAUGCUGGCCAAUGGGCAUUUCAGGCAAUGCAUGAUUUGUUUUGUAACCAACAACAGUACACAAAUACAUUGGUUGAGCAUAUGUACAAUGGCAUCAGUCGAGGACAUUGGUUGAGCAUGUGCAGGACCAGGUGUAACCAGGUAUGCUAGAUAGUGUACCGUCCAAGUGAAAUAUUCGUGGCUUUCAAUAUAACCUUCUGUGAUUUUGCUUAAGCCAUAUGAUAAAUAUGGUGACGUUAAUAUAAAGAUUGCAGUAUGGGUCUAAUGGUGCCCAAAUUACUUAUCCAAACGUACAAUGGAUAAGACUGCGCCCUAGUUGCAUUCCUUCCUGGAGGCUAAUGUGAAAGAUGAAGUGAUUAGAUCAGCAGGUCACUGCAUGCUGAUCAGGAGCCGACACAGAUGCACGGAGAGUGAUUUACAUUUUUGGUGCAGAAAAUAUAACUGAAAAAAAUGUUUGUCGAUGACAACAGGUUGAGUCAUGAUUAACAGUGUUUCCCGUUAUAAGAAAUGGGGAAGUUUAUGGCAACGCGCGUGGUGAGCCAAGCACUUUGGUUUUCGAUGCCCAUAACUUGUGAACAUUUAGGCCAACUGAAUUAUCAUCAUGCAAGUGCAACAGACAGGCACAAACGACGGGAGUCUGCGUUAACCCGACGGAAAUAUACUAAGGCCAGUACUGCUACAGGGCCUUUGGCGGGAAUGGACUACAGCUGGCAUAUAAAGCCGACAUGCUCGGUUUUCGAAAGCGCUCAUCCGAUCAGUUCAAAACCUUUACCAGUCGACUCAACGUAAUGAGCAGUGAAGACGAAGUGGUCGAACAGGAGGAAGCCUUUGUGGUCACUGGAGCACAUAGGAUCAUGGCCAAGAGCGGUGGU